AUGAAACUGCCAUUUGGGGCCACCCCUGGCCAACUUGGACUUGAGCCAGGUACAGUGGUCAUCACAAAGCAAUCUGUAGAUGCCCUGUUUAAGCCACAGUUUGAGCUGGUAAUUCUGGGAAAGACUGUAGUCCGCAGUACAGACUUGGAUGAAGAACUCGCACAACAGUUAUUACAGUGCAGUCAGGAAAUAGAUGAAUUCAAAACUGUUAUUGGAAACACCAUGUGUACCACAGAUUUCUAUGAAGGUCAAGCUCGUCUGGAUGGUGCUUUCUGCUCAUACACCGAAAAGGAAAAGCUUAGUUACUUGAAGGACGCCUAUGAAGCAGGCGUCAGGAAUAUUGAGAUGGAGUCCUCUGUGUUUGCAGCAAUGUGUAAACUAAGUGGUAUUCGAGCUGCUGUAGUGUGUGUGACCCUGCUAAACCGUCUUGAAGGGGAUCAAAUUUCCAGCUCUCACGAUGUGCUUGUCAAUUACCAGCAACGCCCACAGAAGCUAGUGGGGUUCUUCAUUAAGAAACAACUACAAGUCUAGGUGCUCAACUGAUGACAGAAAUACAGUCUGAAUUUCACUUAGAGUUAUCUUAAAUAUUGUUCCGAUAUUUUUUUAAUAACAAUUGUCUUUCUGGUGCAUACUACUUAUUACAGUCAGCACUCGGAUAUCUCUUACCCAGAUACACGUCAGUCAUGUUUUAUGGCGCUUGUAUUAAGAAUAAAAUCAAUCCCCGUUAUAUAUGUAACACAUUAAUGCACUUACCCGUCACACAUGACUUCCAAAUCCAUCGGCAGUUUUCUGAUACAAAACCCAUCUCUUCAAUGUUACAAUUUAUUUGAAUAUCGAUCACA